UUAAAAGAUAUUGAAUGUGAAUUAGUGAAUCAGUGAAUUAGUGAUCGAUCAGUGAAUGUGAUAUGAGGAGUGACAGUGAUGUAAUAAUUAAUAAUUUAAAUAAUAAUAAUAAUUAAUAAUAAUAUGUUUAUGAAUCUGUUUUUGGUAAAUAAUGGUUUGCGUUAGCAGCAAUAUUAAUACGCGUAGUGUUUCAAUACAAGUCAAUCAAUUAGCUGGUUCUGGCAGCAGCGAUUUAAGUCCAUUAAUUAAAUUCAAUAAAAGUGUGGAUCCAAUGGAGACGACUCGAUCCCGAUUACGUAGUAUUGCAUUUGUGUGUGUUUUAUUUGCAUUAUCUGGUAUUGUUGGCUUUGGAUACUUUUGUCCAGAUAAGGUAUGUGCUUUAACGACCAGAGAAUCUGUUAGAGAACUACCAUUAACAUAUCAAUCGUUGGUCGGGCUUAGCUAUGAAGAUGUGUUGAACGAUGAUUUUACAUUUGACAUGGAUUCCCACGAUGUUAUGGUCUUUUUACAUAUUCAGAAAACUGGUGGAACAUCAUUUGGAAGACACUUGGUACAUGAUUUGGAUUUAGAACGGCCGUGUACAUGUCCUCGACGUCGUAAACGUUGUUACUGUUUUCGACCACACUCAAAUCAAAAUUGGUUAUUUAGUCGUUAUUCAACGGGUUGGAAAUGUGGUUUACACGCUGAUUGGACUGAGUUAACGGGAUGUGUGGAUCGUGCUUUAGACGAACACGAGGGCGAAUCAGCAAAACGACGUUAUUUCUAUAUAACGUUGUUACGGGAUCCAGUUGCCAGAUAUUUAUCAGAAUUUCGUCACGUUCAACGUGGUGCAACAUGGCGUAAUUCACGUCAUUUUUGUAAUGGUCGUACAGCAACCGUGGACGAGCUACCUCCAUGUUAUAGCGGUGACACCUGGAUCGGUGUACAACUCGAUGAAUUCAUGGAAUGUGGUUCAAAUCUAGCUGUGAAUCGACAAACUCGUAUGUUAGCCGAUCUCUCAUUGGUCGGUUGUUACAACACCACAUACAUGCCGAAGGCGGAACGUGAUCGUGUCAUGUUAGCAAGUGCAAAACGUAAUCUAGCAACAAUGGCAUACUUCGGUUUGACCGAAUAUCAAAAGAUUUCGCAGUACGUGUUCGAGGAAACAUUUAAUUUACGUUUUAGUGUACCGUUCGAUCAACACAACACAACCGUUUCAAGUAUUACCAUCAGUAAUUUAUCAUCGAAACAGAUUCGUAAAAUUAACGAAUUGAAUAAUUUAGAUUUAGAAUUGUAUGAAUUCGCUAAGAAAUUAUUAUUCGAACGCUUUCAUCGAUUAAAACGUCGCGAUCAUGAUUUUCAAUUACGUUUUAAUCAUUUGGGUGAGUUACCAAAUCGAAUUGGUGCAACACUUUUUAAUUGGGACAAUGUUAUUGAGGAUACAUCACCCAGUAGUACCGGUGAACAAUAAACUUAAGGAGAAGUGGGAAGGGGGCAAGUGGAGAGAGUGUUGGAGGGGGGAGGGCAGAUUACAUGCCUCGUUUAUGUGUAAAAUAGGUUUAAAUUGAUUUAUUUGUUGUUGUGUAUAAUAAAUUUAAAUGGAUGUCUGUACUACCACCUCCCCCCCCCCCCCAUCCACAGAACCCUCUUGCAAGGUGUUUUUAAAAAUGGUUGAAUAGGGUACGCUUAAAUCUAAGUGACAAUGUUAUAAGAGGGGAUACAUCGUCGAUUUGUACAGGUGAACAAUAAACUUAAAGGGGGAAGUGAGUGGCAGGGGAGGGGGCAACAGUGUGACAAAAGUAAGGAGCAAAGAUGAAUUACAUGCCCCAUUUAUGCAACUUAAUGUUUUUGGUGUAAAAUAAGUUUAAAUGAAUAUAAUGAUAAUGAAUUUUUGUACCCCCCCCCCUCUCGUUGAACCCCCUUUUAAAGUGAUUUUAAAAAUGGUUGAAUAGGGUACGCUUAGGGCUAAGUUUUUUUUUUUUUAAUUUAAUAUUUAAGACAAAAGCUAGCGCUGCAUUUUAAAAAAAAUUUAAUUUAUUGACUUUUAGAACGAUUUGUUCAAAAGUACUUUUUUUUUCUACAACGCUGAGAUGAGUUAAUGACAUAAUGGUCAUUAAUCGUGGAAAUAAAACUGGAAAAAAAAGUUUAACCCAGGAAUCGAUUCCUAGUCAAUUGAUUUUUAUGGAAGCCGAUGGAAAAUGUUUGUCUGAGUGUACUCAACAAAAUAAUAUUCAUACGAACUUCUUUAAAUUGGGACCGAAACGCUUAUCUUCUUUAUUCAUUUAUUUCAAGCUUACUCUCUUCAUUUUUAAGCUUAUUAUGUCUGGGUUUGACGAAAAUUAUACUCACAGUUUAAAUAUGUAUUGCUUAGAAAAAAACAGACUAGACAAAUAGUUUGAACGAACAAAUAUCAUUAAAU